CACACACACACACACACACACACACACACACACACACACACACACACACACACACACACACACACACACACACACACACACACACACACACACACACCCUCUCUCUCUCCCCUUGGCUUCCUCCUCCUGUUAGAGCCGUCUGUCUCUCUGUCUCCCCCACAUGUCGGUCGUCAGCUCUCUGGUUCCCAGCCAAUCGGACGCAUGUCUCUCCACAGAGGAACUCGGACUGCUGGUCGGGCUACACGUCCAACUCUCUGACUAGUGGGUCCUUCAACCCAACUUUCCCUUCCACCAGAAGAGGCUGAGCCGGAGGACAGAGCAGGGGAUAUUAGUGUUGUGCUGUGUGUGUGUGUGUUGGUCCAUCGGUCGUUACGUCAUUCAACCCCGGGCUGCAGGGACCAGCAGAGGGAACCAGGUCUCGUUUAACUUCAGCCCCUGGAUGGAGUGGAUGCUGGUGAGGAGGUGAAGUUCUGCUGGUUCAGCCAGGGACCACAGCCCGGGGGACCACAGCUGGGACCAUGGACUCUUCAUCGGGUCAGAGUUCAGCAGCAGCAGCAGCACACAGAGCUCUGAGGGUCCGGUGAGUGGAGGCGUCUGAGCUGGAAGGGAGGAACGAUGGGGAACUCCUCUGGAUGUCCGGAGCCUCCGGCGGGGAAGGAGCCCAGGCUGGUGUCCUCUCCCCCCAGCGUCCAGAAGCCCAGGGCGGGGAACAAAGUACCGCCGCCCCCGGAUGAGGAGCUGGAGGAGCGCUUCAACACACUUUUGAACACGAUGAACCUGCCGGCUGAUAAAGCCAAGAUGCUGAGUCAGUACGACAAGGAGAAGAAGUGGGACCUCGUCUGUGACCAGGAGCGCUUCAAGGUGAAGUGUCCUCCCUCUGCAUAUUGUGAGAAGCUGAAGGGCUAUGUGGACCACGGAGGAGGGGUCGCCCGGAAGUUUAGGAAGCAGGUCCACGAAUCCACCCAGGUUCUACGAGAGCUGGAGAUCUCUCUGCGGACCAACCAGAUUGGUUGGGCUCAAGAGUUCCUGAACGAGGAAAACCAGGGUCUCAAGGUGCUAGUCGAAUACCUGUCCUUCGCCCAAAGCGCUGCCAUGAACGAUAUGGAUAGUUCAGAUGGCAGCUCCUUGCUUGGGUCAGAGAAAGGAAAACUGGACAAGUCUCUGGAAGACCUCCACCGCACCAGCAGUAACUCCCCCAGCCACGGGGCUUCAAAGGGCAGCAAGAUCUUCACAAGCAGGAAAGUUCUGCGGACGUCGCGCGGCGUGAGCCCCAAGGAGGACGUCCACCUCUGCAUCAUGUGCUUACGGGCCAUCAUGAACUACCAGUCCGGCUUCAACCAGGUGAUGAGUCACCCGUCCUGUGUCAACGAGAUCACGCUCGGCCUGAACGACACAAACCCAAGGACCAAGGCGCUGGUGUUGGAGCUGUUGGCGGCCGUGUGUCUGGUGAGAGGAGGUCAUGACAUCAUCCUGGCCGCCUUCGACAACUUCAAAGAGGUGUGUGGAGAGAAGCUACGCUUCGAGAAGCUCAUGGAGAAUUUCUGUAAUGAGGAGAACAAAAUCGACUAUAUGGUGGCGUGCAUGCAGUUCAUCAACAUCGUGGUCCACUCAGUGGAGGACAUGAACUUCAGGGUCCACCUCCAGUUUGAGUUCACACACCACGGCCUGGACGCCUACCUGGAGCGCCUUAGUGACACAGAGAGCGAGCGGCUCCAGGUGCAGAUCCAGGCCUACCUGGACAACCUGUUCGACGUGGCAGCUCUGCUGGAGGACGCAGAGGCCAAGAAUGACCUGGUGGAACACCUGGAGAGAGUUCAGCAACACAACACACAGCUGAGCUCAAGGCUAGAGGUGGUGCAGCAGGAGUCUGAGGAGAAGGUUUCCGAGCUGGAGAAGACACUGAUGCAGACCACUAAAGAGACAGAGCUUAUCAAGGAGAGUCUCCGAGAGUCCUGUUCCAAAGUGGAGGAGCUGCAGCAGAGAGAGAGAGAGAGGGAGAUAGAGCGAGAGACUGAGCGGGAGAAGGAGCUAGAGAGAGCGCGAGAGAGAGAGAAAGAGCGAGAGAGAGAGCAGGAUCUCCAGCACUCCACCCAGGCCCUCAGAGAGCUUGAGACCAAGGUCCAGAUCCUGGAGCAGUUGGAGUCCCAAGUCCAGGUUCUGGUGGAGCGGGGCCUGGUCCGACUUGAGCGGACGCCGUCCGGACAGGUUGACCUGCAGGUGGUCUCUGUAGACCCCCUGGUGUCUCCCACAGUUCAACACAAUAUCACGGAUGUCCUUCAGGACCUCCCUACUGAACCACAAACCCCUCCUUCAGAACCAUCAGCUUCUUUCCUCACCGCUGCUGAAGAAGCUCCCUCAUUGGCCAGUGUUGAACAAGCUCCGCCUCCUUAUCCAGCUCCACCCCCUCCUGCUGCAGCCCCACCCCCACCCCCACCCCCACCUCCUCCUCCUCCCCCUCCCCCUCCCCUUCCUCCUCCUCCCCCUCCAGCGCCACUCGCUCCCCCUCCUCCACCGCCCCUUGGGUCUGCUCCUCCACGGAUAGGUGGAGAAGAUAAAUCCACAGUCCACCGCAACAAGAAGACCAUCCAGACCAAGUACCGCAUGCCGCUGUUCAACUGGCAGGCCCUGAAGCCCGACCAGGUGGAGGGCACCGUCUUCAAAGAGCUGGACGACGAGCACGUGCUGGGGGAGCUGAACAUGGAGGGCUUCGAGGAGCAGUUUAAGACCAGGUCCCAGACGGCCCCGGUGGACCUGGGAACGCUGAGGGUGAGGGUGGUCCACAAGACGCCCAGCAGGGUGCCCCUCAUGGACCCCAACCGGGCCAAGAACCUCGCCAUCACCCUGCGCAAGGCGGGGACCACCCCGGCUAACAUCUGCACCGCCAUACAGACGUACAACCAGGAAGCGCUGAACCUAGACUUCCUGGAGCUGCUGGAGCGCUUCCUGCCCUCCGACUACGAGCUGAAGCUCAUCCAGAAGUACGAGAGCGAGGGCCGUUCCCUGGAGGAGCUGGGCGAGGAGGACCGCUUCAUGGUGCAGUUCAGCAAGAUCCCCCGGCUGGCCCAGCGAAUCAGCACGCUCGCUUUCAUGGGGAACUUCCCCAGCGUCAUCGUUUCACUCCAGACGCAACUCAACGCCAUCAUCGCUGCCUCCAUGUCCAUCCAGUCGUCCAGCAAGCUCAAGAAGAUCCUCGAGAUCAUUCUAGCGUUUGGGAACUACAUGAACAGCAGUAAGCGUGGUGCGGCAUACGGCUUCCGACUGCAGAGUUUAGACCUGCUGCUGGAGACCAAAUCCACAGACAGAAAGCAGACGUUGCUGCACUUCAUAGUGGACAUCAUCCAUCAGAAGUACCCCGAGCUUCGCUCAUUCUACACAGAGCUGCACUUCACCGACAAGGCUGCCCAGGUCUCUCUGGAGGGAGUACUACUGGACGUGCAAGCUCUAGAACGAGGCAUGGAGGUCACCAGGAGCGAGUACGAAGCAGAAGCAGAAAACGCCGUCCUGAGUCACUUCCUGUCCAGCACGGCCGCACCACUAGACGCCGUGGUUGCCGACGCCAACACCGCCCAGGAGGCGUACGCGACGGCCGUGGAGUACUUCGGAGAGAGCCCCAAGACCACCACGCCGUCCGUCUUCUUCCCUGUGUUCGCCCGCUUCAUCAAGGCGUACAAGCAAGCCGAGCGGGAAAACGAGCUGAGGAGGAAGCAGGAGAAAGGGACUGCCGACGCUCCUCCCACUUCACCCAAACCCAAAUUCACGGAGAACAAUAAGGUCCCGGUGUCUCCCAGGUUACCCCAGAUGGAGCUCCUGGCCGAGCUAAAGAAGCGACAGAGCGCCCCGCUGGUCAGAGAGGGGAAGGACGGCGCCAUAGAGGACAUCAUCACAGCUCUUAAGAGCGUGCCCUUCACGGCUCGCUCGGCCAAACGGUCGUCUCGUUUCUACGGCGACGCCGUCUCCUGUGACGACGGGCUGUGCUAGCUCCCUGCGAUCUGAGGAGCCAGCCGUACCGCAGGGCCGACGGCGGGAGGCGAAGUGCCAAGUGGAAAACCUCCCAGCAGCUCCAGGUCUCCUCGGACAUCUCCCUCUGAGCGACUGGAACACACCAGACGAGACCAGAUCCGACCAGACAAGACCUGGUCAGACCUGAUCCCACCCGAUAAAUGAUGCUAGCCCAGAUUACACUAGACCAGACUAGACGAAACCAGAGCAGAAUAACAAGAUUUGCGCACAAAGAGCUGCAUGUAGAGGCCAAGCAGGAAUAGGAUCAUAUAUAAUAUCUACAUAAAGUGCUGUCUUCAAAGUGACAGAACAAGGUCAGAUCUCUGCCACCAAGGACUAGGAGUCGCAUAAGAACACACACACAAGCAUGCACACACACACACACACACACACACACACACACACACACACACACACACAGUGGUUCCUUUCUUAAACAUCUCAUGGUUCUUUCUCCUUCAGAAUCUGUCAUUCAGGGACAUGCUAAUGCUAAUUCUUAUUAUUUCCAUCUCGACCGGUUCUGUUAGACAAUCAUUAGAAAGAGGAACACCAAUCAGAAACGAUGUGAUAGAUGGAGCUGCCGGUUGCCUAUUUACCAUGAUGCAUUAGCAAUGCUUACAUUUAGGUUGUUAGAGAUGGUUGAGUUUAGGUGUAAUGGUGGUUAUGUAAAGGGCGAAAAAAAAUUCAAGGUUGCAUUUAGGGUGUGGUUAAUUCAGUGUAAGGACAUUGGGACAAGCAAUGCAGCAUGGGAGAAAAAACGUAAACGCAGCGCUCAAAUCAAGGGGUUUAUUAAGUUAAUCUUAGAACUCUAUGAAAGUGUAACAUGACUGGAUAAAAUUGAAUGUGCAUGCUUUAAUCAUCUGAGAGAAUUUUAGAUAAACACGUUAAAAAUUGAAAAGAUUCAUAAUAUUUUAUUAGCUAUAUUUUUCAUGAAAUUUGAACUGCAAGAUGAUAUGAUGUUCUAAUAUUUGUAGUUGCAUAUAAUACAACAGAAAAUAGAACUGGAUGAAAGUGUUUUUAUUUACUUCUGUUUUUCAAUUUUAAAUUAAUAAAAUUUUAUACCAGUGGAGAUCAGUUUGUUGUGUUUUAGUUUGGGAGGAUAAAAAAAUGUGUAAUUUUUUCCAAAACAAUAAUUGUACUUUUACAAAAACUACUUAUAUAAGUGCCAAUACUAAAGAUAUAAACCAAUAAAUUAGAGAUUAACAUUUAUAUACAUUUUAUGACUAUAUUCAUCUUUAGAUUAUUUAACCUAUUUAGUCAUUUAGCAGACACUUACAAACCCGCUACAGAAAGCAACUUACUGUAAGUGACGUUGUGCUUUCCAACUUCCGGUUGUGGCGGUGGUUUGAAACAGCUGAAGGUCAGGUUCAACUGACCCUAGAUCAGUAAUUUAAGAUAGAACAUGUUUCACUGCACGAUGAAGCUGUAAAGUUGUUCAAGGUUAUUAUCAGAUGUUGUCAAGGUCAAAGGGAACGUCUCUACCACAUCAAUAUCAUAUAGUAAUAUCUAGGAUUCAACAGAACCAGAAUAAACCGGAGAAACACACCUUACCUGGGGCAAGCAACCGCUCAGCAGUCGUCAUUGAUCCUUGUUGGACGACGCUGCGGCUGAAAACAUUCUCCCACACAUUGAGGUCAGAGCAGUCAGUGAAACAAGCGUUUUGUAUAAGAGGGUCACUUUUAUUGUCACAAAAACACGACAGGAACGUACAAAAGCAGCCACCAUCCCUCGUCACUGGCCCGUUUCUCCUCCGAUUCUCUCCGUCACACGUCUCUUCCUCGCUCUAGGUUGGUAUUUGGUGUUGUGGCACGCAAGUAUUUACUCAUUCUUCACGUUUUCACAAACAACAGCAAGCAUCACUCCCACACUCAACAACAAGAAGUUGAUGUACAAUAUUUGAAGUAAUACUUUGAAUAUAUACUCUGUUUUUCUCACUGCCCUCUGGGGGGGCCAACGUCAUAGAAAAGCUUGAUGCUGUACACUGAUUGUUUCCUGUAUUAUGUGCUCCAAACACAGGUAGGACAGUAGUAUACAUACAGUAUUACAGUAGUAUACAUACAGUAUUACAGUAGUAUUCAUACAGUUAUUACAGUCAGACCUGGAGGGCCCAGCGUGCAGAGUAUCCAGGAAUGUUUACAGUACACAUGCCACACGUCAGAAUAUCGGCUAUAAAAAAUUAUAGGAUAACUAGAAUAAAAAUAAAAACAAGGAGCUUCACGUAAAAAUGUAUCUGUAUUGUGUUACUUUGUUGAGUAUAUACUGUACAGGAACAUCUAGAGGGAACAACCACACGUUCAUCGAUUAACCAUUGAUACUCAUUGGUUAAAGGCUCGGGCAGAGUAUUCUGAGGAUACUCGGCAACUAGAGGUACUACGGGAGGAAGACAGAUACGUUAUGAGUAGAGGUUCAGGCUACUCUCAGGAAUACUGCGUUCGUGGUUCAGACAAACUGACAGUUAAAAUAAACAAUGAACUGUUACCCAGGUCCGGGUGAGUUGAGAUGUACUUUAUUAAUCUGGACGAGAAAACAAGGUUUCGAUCGAAUGCACUGAUGUAUGUAACGCGAUAUUCUAUUGAUUUUACUACAAACGCACCGGAUCAAUAAAUAUAAUAAGCU